GGAAAUAGUUGUAAUAUUAGUAAACUUGAAGGAUCGUUGAUUUUUCGUUUACUCAAUAGUCAAGUGGCGCAGUUUCGUCUUUCUUAGCACUUUCCUUCGAUUGUCCUGUUCUGAGUGUCUUCUCUCUCUAAUCAAACAUUCCUACCAGAUUCCAUCAAAGGUAUACGACCCCCAACUUCGAUUACUAGGGUUUGUUCACUUUGUCUCUGAAUCCAAACAUGGCUCCAGCCAUCGAUGAAGGAGACAUAGAAAAAGGGCCGAUGACUCCAAUAAAGCAUAAUCAAACUAUGAAUAUCCUCGGGGAGGCAUCACCAUCUCCGUCCCCGUCUUCCGCCACAGCACCAGCUCUGGUACUUUCAAAUUCCGGUAAGCGGAUGGAUCAAGCCGGAAAGAAAAAGUACGUCAAGCAAGUGACAGGCAGACACAACGAUACAGAGCUCCAUCUAGCAGCCCAACGUGGGGAUCUAGCAGCUGUGAAGCAGAUCCUCGAUGACAUUGAUUCCCAAAUGGUGGGAACAUUAAGCGGAGCUGAUUUUGAUGCAGAAGUUGCAGAGAUUCGUGCAUCAGUAGUGAACGAGGUGAAUGAAUUAGGAGAAACAGCACUAUACACUGCUGCUGAAAAAGGUCAUCUUGAAGUAGUAAAGGAGCUCUUGAAGUACUCAAAUAAAGAAACCAUCAUGAGAAAAAGCCGAUUGGAGUUUGACACGUUGCAUAUAGCUGCUAGUCAAGGACACGAUGCUGUAGUGAAACUACUACUUGACCAUGACCCAUCACUAUGUCAAACAAGAUCCCAAGGAAACGCAACCCCUCUGAUAACUGCAGCCACAAGAGGACACACUGCUGUUGUUAAAGAGCUGCUGUCAAAAGAUCCUAGCUUGUUGACUAUUCCAAGAUCAAAUGGAAAGAACGCAUUGCAUUUAGCAGCUAGAUCUGGACGUGUGGAGAUUGUGGAAGCUUUACUCAAAGAGGAACCACUAUUGGGCAGAAGGACUGAUAAGAAAGGACAAACUGCAUUGCAUAUGGCUGUGAAAGGAGUUAGUAGUGAAGUUGUGAAAUUGCUAUUGGAGGCUGAUGCUGCUAUUGUCAUGUUGCCUGACAAGUAUGGUUUUACUGCAUUGCAUGUAGCUACCAGAAAAAAGCGAGCUCAGAUAGUAAACGAGUUGCUUAGCCUCCCUGACACAAGUGCAAACGUGAACGCACUAACGCGUGAUCACAAAACCGCUUUGGACAUAGCGGAAGGACUCCCGUUAUCCGAAGAUUCAUCGGACAUAAUCGCGUGUCUCACUCGAUGCGGUGCGGUCCGUGCCAACGAGCUCAACCAACCGCGGGAUGAAUUAAGAAACACCGUGACCCAAAUCAAAAACGACGUCCACACGCAGCUUUUACAAACCAAAAAAACAAACAAAAACGUUCACGGAAUUGCCAAAGAGCUUCGAAAGCUUCACCGCGAAGGAAUCAACAACGCCACAAACUCUGUCACCGUGGUGGCGGUGCUCUUUGCCACCGUGGCAUUCGCCGCCAUUUUCACCGUCCCUGGCGGUGACAACAAUGACGGGAUGGCGGUGGUGGUCAACCGCGCUUCUUUUAAAAUAUUUUUCAUAUUCAACGCGAUUGCUCUUUUCACUUCGUUGGCGGUGGUGGUGGUGCAGAUUACGUUGGUGAGAGGUGAGACCAAGGCGGAGAGGCGGGUGGUGGAGGUUAUUAAUAAGCUUAUGUGGUUGGCUUCUGUUUGCACUUCGGUGGCUUUCAUGGCUUCUUCUUAUAUUGUGGUUGGCCGGAAAUAUGAAUGGGCCGCUAUUUUGAUUACCGUGGUGGGUGGGGUUAUAAUGGCGGGGGUUCUUGGAACUAUGACUUAUUAUGUGUUUAAAUCCAAAAAGAACCGAUUGAAGAGGAAAAAGGAGAAGAUUGCUAAAAGUGGGUCUAACUCGUGGUUGCAUUCUGAGUUUUCUAACUCGGAAGUUGAUAGAAUCUAUGCCAUAUGAGGUGAAAAGAAAAAACAUGGUUUAAUGUUGUUUGUAGAUAAAGUAAACAAUCGACCCCGGAAUUGUGAAGUCAGAAUACUUCGUCGUUUCUGGUUUUCUUGGUCAACGGCCAUGAAAUGGUUUCAAAAAGAUGGGGUAAUUAUAGGUAAUUGUAUUAUGAUUUGAGCUGUGGCUCAUAAAUUUCAAAUCUUUAAUGUAUACUAUUGCUACUCUUAAUGCCUAGAUUUGUUGUCUUUUGCAUUAAAAUUAAACGAAAUUUUAUGAGGCUGUAAAUAAAAGUUUUUUUUUUUUAAUUAUAAUUUACUAGUUUAUUAUCAUCUAUAAGGAUAACAUCGUU